AUGAACAAACUAUCAGUAAAUGAUGCCUUUGACGAUAUCGAAAUUGAGUCCUUUGAUUUCAUUUGGGAAGAAUGGGAAGAAUAUAAAGGAGAUGUCCCUCUUUGGCAACACAUAUUUUGUGGUAGUAUAGCAGGGUUGAUGGAACAUGUUUUUAUGUAUCCUUUGGACACGCUUAAAACGUAUAUACAAACAAAUGGUAAUCUCGAAGGUAGUAAGUGGAUAUAUAAUAGGUGUAACAUAUAUGAUUCAAAUAAUAAUGGUAGCACUUUCAAUGAUAUAAAGGUACAUGAUAGUAACAGUAAUAUAGAUAAGAAAAAUAUAUGUACAUAUAGAGGAUGCGAUAACUGUGUUUAUAAGAAGACUUGUAGUUAUAACAAUUUUUGUAAUAUGAAAGCUAUAACAUCUCCGUUUAAUAAAAAAAAUGUUUUACAUGCCAGGACCUUCAGUGAUGCUCUACAUGGAAUUAUAAAAGACCAAAAAAAAUUUAGAAAUAUUCUAUGCAAUAAUUUAAGUGUAGAAGAGAGGAGAAUAAUGAAGCAUAUAAUGAAUAAAAAAUUACAACAUAGAUAUCAUAAUAAAGUAAUGAAUAAACGUUUUAUUACCACAAAUAGAAGUAACAACAAGGAAAAUUCUGCUUGCAGUGUGUAUGAUGAGUUGGGUGAUUUAAGAAAAAAUAGAUCCUGCAACCUAUUUGAUAAACCUUCCGGAAAGGUUGUUGACAGCCAAAUGGUUGGUAAAUCCAAAAAUAAAAGAAUUCAUAUAUUAUCUAGAAAUAUUAACAGAGUUGGGAGUAACACAUUAAGUAGAGCUAGAAGUGGAGGAACAGAAAAAAUAAAGGAAGAUAUACAAAAUGUAGAAAGGAUAAAAAACAAAAAUUGUUUCUCAUCUACGAGAGACAUUACUAGUCCAUCCCAUAGAGGAUACAUAAAUAAGAAAAGUUGUAGCAAUCAUAAAAAGGGUUCUUUCCUUUUUUCAGUCAGUAAUAAAGAAAAUAAUUUUCUGGGAUCCAAAAAAGUCACAGGCAGAAUUAUUUUCAAGAACAGUAACAAUACGCAGAAAUGGAAGUGCAAAAUAAAAAACUAUAAGUAUGGCGUAAAUAGUGAAACCGUGAAAAAUUAUAAACAUGUGCAGAAUUGUAAUAAUGCAUUGCACACAUUUUUGCAUAAAAUGAAUUCAAAUAAAAUAAAAAAAAAGAAAUCAGCAGAGUUAAAAAGAGUAUAUAAAUUUUUUUUGAAUCAUGCUUCACGAAAAUAUACCCAUGACAUGUGUAACAAAAGAAAUAAUAGCUAUUUUGUAUUUAUGAACAAGAACAACAAUGCACCUUUGAUGGGCGGCUUAAAACAUUAUAUGCUUCCCAAUAGUACGAAUAAUAAAUGUCACAUGGGAAGAAGUGAAACUAGUAAUAUAAUGAAAAAAACGGAUUUAUUUUUUAAUAUUUCAGGGAAAAAUUUUGUAAACAAUGGUAGUAACGCUAAUGAAAAUAAUCGAACUAAGGCAAAUAGUUAUUUCAGUCUAUUCCACAGGACAACUGAUAAUACACAACAUAAUCAUUGUUGUCCAAGUGAAACAUUUAAAAAAUGUUCUAGAUUCCAAAGUUAUAUAUGGGAUAUUUUAAGAAAAGAUAAGAAAAAAAAAAAUGAAUGUAAUUUUUUUGUUCACUUUUUUGAAAAUGUGAAAAAGAGUUUUUUUCAAAACAAAUGGUGCAAAAUUACCGAAAUUUCACCUAGAUUAACAAAUAAUAAAACUUUAGAAUUGAGAAAAGAUGGUUUAAAUUCUUACUAUUCAUUGUUAAGAAAUAAUAACAAUAUAUUUUCAAAUAACGUAUGCUAUGUUACUAAAAGUUAUAAUCAUAGAAACUUGUUUGAUAGAAAUAUUCAUUCAUCAAGUAAAAAUAGUUUUUUCAGAAAUAAUAACUCCAAUUUUAACUACAACAAAUUUAGUAAGAAUGUUAAAGGCUUUAAUUUUUUUAGAAGCUUAUUUCCUAAUUUUAAUAACGGAAUUAAUGUAACAACACGGCAGAACUAUAGUUUGAUAAGAAACAAUGUUGUGAAUUUGUACAAAGGGGUAAAUGUUGUUGUAUUAGGCUGCAUUCCAGCGCAUGCUAUGUAUUUCUCAACAUUUGAGUAUAGUAAGAAAUAUUUUUCAAGUAUAUAUUCUAAGAAUCUUCCUAUUCAAGUUCAGAACAGAGGAAGUGGAGGCCUGGGUUGUGACCGCAAGAUUAGCAGUAACCAAAAUAUUGAUAAGAAGAAACACGAUGUAUUGAAUUAUAAAAUGAAUGACCUGAAUUAUUUUGGAAUAGCUGUUUCAGGUUUUUUAGCAACUAUAGCACAUGAUUUAAUUAUAACCCCCAUAGACACGCUAAAACAAAGGUUGCAGUUAGGAAUAAACAAAAACUCUUUGGAUUCUUUAAAGAUUUUAAGGGAAAAUGGAAUUAGGAGUUUAUAUUUGAGUUUGCCAAUAACCUUGCUCAUGAAUAUACCUUACCAAAUUAUUAUGAUAUGCACGAAUGAAAAAAUGAAGAAAAUAUAUUUUGAAUAUUUUUGUGGCUCGAAUAAUGGGUUGGGAAGGAAUAAUUGCGAUAGUAAGUGCACCUCUAGUAGUAGUGGCAACAGCGUUAGCAGUACUGAUGGUGAUAUUAUAAGUACAAGACACAAUAGUACCCUAACCGGUAGUGACACAUUUAAGGAGGAGAGCAAAAGUACACUAGGGUGCAAUGUCCCAUGUUGCACACAGAAUGACGAAAUAAAUAUUCACCAGAAAAAUGAUAUUAGCGAAUCUAAAAGUACAAAAAAAGAAGAGGGCUCAACUGACCAUUUAAUGAACAACAUGAAAGAACUUAGUGACAAGAGUAAUAAAUUAAUUAAAUUGUUUAUUGAACAAGAUAUGGAUUCUGUGAAUUACAUAAGUAAAGGAAAAAAAUAUAAAGAAAGUAGUGAUACUGGAAAUAUUUUACUGACUACCCAAAUAUGUUUGGAUGAAGAACAAACGAAGAAUGAAAUUUUAUUUAAAAACGUGAUUAAUAAAUUAGAAAAAAGUUCCAAUAAUGAUCUUUCAGAAAACUAUGACAAUAAAAUAAGUGAUUCUUUUAAUUUUGCAGAUACAAAAUCUCACAAUAUGGAAUUAAAAAAUAUGUGGAUGGGCAAUUAUAAUAAAAAUGAAUUUUUUAAUAAACCUUUUAAUCAUAUUACUUCCUAUUUUGUGUGUGCAGGAAUUGGUGGUGGAAUAGCAGCUGUAGUGACAAAUCCCCUUGAUGUUAUAAAGACAAGGAUCCAGACAGAAUGUUUUAAUAUUAAAGGUUUCAAUUUUUAUCGUAUGGUGUCUAAUUUAUAUUAUAAGGAAGGUAUUCGCUCUUUUUUCAAGGGAUCUUUGGCAAGAAUGACCUUGUGCAUUCCUGCUUCGGCCAUAUCAUGGGGAACUUAUGAAACAAUGAAGCAAUUUUUCAAAGUUAACUUUAAUUCAGUGUAG